AUGCAAGGGGAGAAACUCUGGGCGAUUGAAGCAAUACUGGACUCGAAACGCACAAAACAGAAAGGCUUCCAGUACCAUAUACUAUGGAGAGGCUUCGACCUUGAGCAGGCAACAUGGGAACCACUACAGAACGUCGUCAACGCUCACAUCGCCAUCAGAGACUUCGAGAAGCACAGCAAAAACAAACCCAGACCCACGAAACAAGAAGUGCAAAAUGCUCGCCUACAGGCUCAGCAAGACGUGGAAGAAUCAGAAGCGAUGGAGUAA